AUGUUAUCAAAAUAUCACCAAUGGCAUAUAAUAUUAAAGCAAGCCAUCAUUCCAGAUUCUAACAUUACAAUCCAACCACUUGAACAAUUCCACUUUCCAAAAUUCAACAUGAUCUUAUCGUUAGCAUCACUUCUUCUCGCUGUGCUAUAUUCUGUUAAUGCUAUCACUAUUACAGGAUACGUUUCUAUCCCCUGUUACCCGACCUCAACUGUCGUGAACGUAUGCCCUGGUAUUUCAAAUAAUGUUUGUUGCGUUUUCCCCCGUGGUGGCUAUCAAGCCCAAGGGGUGGCUUUCGACAUCCUAUAUACAGCUACUAUAGGCAUAUUCUACCAGAGUUCUUCAACAUCUUCCUGUGGUGGCAUCGCUAGAAAUGCCGCCGCCGGCUACGCUACGGGUGUCUGCUUAAAUGGAGGCACACUCUCAAGCUAUUUUGGCGGAGGGGCCGCUUGGUUUGAUUGCACUUUAAGAUGUGGGAGCGCCGCAGAGGACUCCCGCCGAUCAAUUUCCGAUGAUGACUUGCGGGCUAUGGCCGCGAAUUAUACUUGUACGAGCACAGCUAUACCUGUUAUUUUUGGGUGGGAGGGCGAGGGAGUGUGGGCUCUUCAAAUGCAGGAAGAUGCUGAUUGGGAUCGGUACAAUGAAUUACCAAUUACUACAGAUGUAAAUAUUCAUAUCGAAAACCUGAAAGCAUUUGGUGCCGAGUGGUACCCAAACGCUCGAGACCAUCCGGUCGCAGCUGAAGCUCUAGAUAGAAAAGGCUAGUAGAUGUGUUUCGUCAACUUUCUUUUUGGAGGAGAGCGGCAAGAAAUUGUGUUGCGAUAAUUCUUGGGGGUAUGCCAAAAUCUUCGACCAAACAAAACAUUCAUUUAUCAGAUAGUUGCGAGUAUUUUGUUACACAUGGGUAGCGUCUAGCUCAAGCAGAGGUCUCCCCAAUAUCUUGCCUUUUCAGCAAUGCAGAACAUUAGUAGUUACGAAUUCGAACAACCAUCACUCACUCAAUCAAAAGGUUUUUUUUCCCGAG